CUUUGUUCUUCGUGGUUGCAGAAACGGCGAUUCCUCCUCCUCCUCCUCUUCUUCGAUUUUUUUCGUCGCUCGCCCACGUUCCUUCCUUCCUCUGCUUCAGCCUCUGACCGUCCGGCUUUGUCUACGAGCAACAGUCGUCUUCGCCAGCUUGUGGCCUCGAGUUUCUCCUCGGCGUGCACCGUGAUUGCGAAGGUGGAUUCUUAACGUUGCGAGAUCCUCCGUUGGAAUCUCUCCCGUGGCGUUGCUUCGACUCCAAUAAAAAACACUUGAGGUUUUCACUCUCCUCCUUCAAACUCGCUCUCUCUGAUUUGAUGAACACCUUGGCCUCUCGAACCUACCGGAAUCAAGAAGGAAAUCGGGGUGGUUGGUUUACCCACGCCUUCUGUCAGCCUCUGUCCUCCCUCUGGCCAGUGAAUUUAGAAUGGGGAAGCUGAAAGACAACACUAUCUCAGGGUUCUUACCUACUGCCCAGGUUUUUGCAGUUCAUUAUCCUGGUUAUCCUUCGUCCAAGCGACGGGCAGUUGAAACUCUAGGAGGAAAACAAUCAAUUCUCAAGGUUCGUGAUCUCCAAUCAAAUAAGUUAGAGCUUCGCUUUAGGCCUGAAGACCCAUAUUCACAUCCAACACAUGGGGAGCUUCGUCCAUGCAGUUGUUUUCUUUUGAAAAUAUGUCACCCAAAAAGUGAUUCUACUGAGGGAAUCAAGAAAGUUGAAAAAGAAGUACCUAGAGAAGAUGAAAUAAACCUGGACUUUGAGAUGGUUGCUUGCGUGCCUGAAGCAUAUCAUUUUGAGGGCAUGGCUGACUACCAACAUGUUGUUGCUACUCAUGCGGAUGCCACCAAGAGGAAGAAGGGGAGUUGGACAGAAAUGCACGAGCCAUGUUUAGGGAAGGUUAAUGCCAUUGAUGUGGACAAGGAGGAUACUAUGAUUUUAGUUCCUCCAUUAUUUGCGUUGAAGGAUGUGCCUGAAAGUUUAGUGUUAAAAACACCUUCCAUGUUUACUCCGAGAAAGAAACAAGAAACUCCACAUACUCCUUGUGAGGUGGAUAUAGAACCUGUUCUUGCAAUUGAUUUUAACAUUAAAGAUAUUCCAAAGACUGUAAUCUGGGAGAAAUACGUACCCCAAGGGUCAGAGGAAUGGGAUUAUCAAGUUGCUGUGUCUAAUUUGUUCGAGGAACGUCCUAUAUGGCCGAAGGAGUCUCUAGUCGAACGAAUGCUGAAGAUGGGCUUAGUUUUUAGACAUGGAGUGUUUAGAAGGCUUCUUUCUAGAAUUGCAUAUUACUUUUCCAGUGGACCUUUCCAACGAUUUUGGAUAAAAAAGGGUUAUGAUCCUCGAAAAGAUUGUGAUUCUCGCAAAUACCAACGGAUUGAUUUUCGAGUACCACAGUCAUUACGAAGUUAUUGCAAUUCCAAUGCUUCCAAUGAGAUGAGUUACGCACACGAAAAGAUAUGUGCAUUUCAAGUUUUUCCUCACAAGUUUCAAACAUCAUUACAACUUUUUGAACUUGAAGAUGAGUAUAUUCAAGAAGAGAUAAAAAAACCCUCCGAGGAAACAUCUUGUUCGUAUGAAUCCGGAUGGUUUUCUCUGCGUAUCCUAAAUUGUUUACGACAACGAAUCAUGAUGAGGUUUUUAUUAGUGUUCCCAACGGCAGAUGCUGAACCUUUACUCAGAGCAGCCUCCGAAAACUUUGAAAAGUUGAAGAGGGAUAUUAAAAAAGGCUGCUUAAAAGUUGAUCAGGGCGGGGACCAUCAAGCCAAUCCAGCUGUGAUCAAUGAUGACAAACUGGAAGCUAAUUCCGGAGAAGAUGAAGAUGGCCUAGCAGUUGAGAGCGGCGAUGAGGCAUUAGAUGAAUAUGACGAAUUCAAUAUGGUGGGUGACGAUGACGAGAUCUCUCUGCAGUCGCAUUCAUAUCUAAACAUGGACGAUGUUUCAAGAACACAUUUGCAAGAGUUAUUUGGUAGCUUUCCGUCGAUGGAUGAAGACGACCAAAAAUUGGACGAUGGAGAUGGCAGCGAGGAAGAGUAUCAAAUAUACGAGCAAGAUAGUGAUAUCGACUCUGAUGACGACGACUCAUAGCUCCCUUUUGUUUUGUUUAUUUUUCUCUUGAAGAUUGUGGGUUAGUUUAAUUUUUAUUGAUUAGUUUUGCUUAAUUGUAAUUUUAAUAAUUUAUCAGUUAGUGAUUUAGUAUCUCUUUGUAAUAUCUAUUCUUUAUCAAUCAUGAUCCUUAAGAUC